AUGAGAUUGUCGCCUCAAAUCGUGGGCGAUGCCCCCAAAGUGCUCACUCCCGAAGGCGAGCUUGCCCUAAUAUUGAGGCUGCUCCAGCUCACCGACCUCGAGGAUAUCGGCGUCACCCGAGACCAGUACGACGUCAUCGACCUCACGUCAAAUUUGGUACUGGUGGUGGACAAUUUCCCCCCUCACUUCCGCCGGCUAUCGACGUUGUUGCUUGCCAAUAACCCCAUCGUUGAGAUUGCAAAUAACCAGCACUUCCCCAGCAUCCACCUGCUUCUGCUAGCCAAUACCAAGCUCACGUCGCUUAAGCUGUUACACAAUAAGUUCCCUAAUCUCCAGUACCUCGUGCUUUCCGGGAGCCCUAUCCCUCCGAGUUACCACCUUCUUGCGGUAUGGAUGUUUCCCACAUUAAAGUACCUUGACCAUAAUCCCGUGACGGCCAAACAGCGAGCUGAGGCCCUUGAGAAGUAUGGCGACCCUGAAAACCCGAAACCAACCGUAUACCAAGAUCUAAAUGCCGUGGUUGACCAUAUCCCUGAAACUAGUGGCUCUACGGGAGUGGCGCGAGCGGUGGUGAAAAAGCUUACUCCCGCCGAGAGGAAACUACUUUUGGCACGGCUUCUGCUGGCAGAUACCAUUGAUGAAAUUGAUGCCAUUGAAGCAGCAUUAUAUCAAGGGUCGGUGGAUGCUGGCGAUGAGGCGGCGUGA